AUGGAUUUCAUGAAGGUUUUCGAUCAGACUGUGCGCGAGAUAAAGAGGGAGGUCAAUCUGAAGGUGCUCAAGGUCCCCGAGAUCGAGCAGAAGGUACUUGAUGCAACAAGUGAUGAACCGUGGGGCCCUCAUGGAAGUGCUCUUUCAGAGCUUGCACACGCUACCAAGAAGUUCGCUGAGUGCCAGAUGGUAAUGAAUGUCCUAUGGACUAGACUGUCUGAGAGAGGCGCGAAUUGGCGUCAUGUGUAUAAGGCAUUGACAAUUAUUGAGUACUUGAUAGCCAAUGGUUCUGAGAGGGCAGUUGAUGACAUUCUUGAUCAUUAUUCUAAGAUCUCGGUCCUUUCGAGUUUUGAGUAUGUUGAGCCUAAUGGUAAAGAUGCUGGAAUAAAUGUGAGGAAAAAAGUAGAAACUAUUGUGGGCAUCAUAAAUGACAAGGAGAGAAUAAAGGCCGUGAGAGACAAAGCAGCCAGUAAUCGUGAUAAGUACGUUGGACUAUCAUCCACAGGCAUAACAUAUAAAUCGAGCUCAGCCUCAUUUGGUAGCAACUACAGUUCAGGCGAACGUUAUGGGAGUUUCAGUGGUAAAAAGGAAGCUGACUCAUACGGUGACAGUUACAGGGACAAAGAACCUGUUAAAACCUCCACAAGUAAUAGUGGCGGACGGAAAUCUGGCAGCAAGCUGAAGAAGGAUGCGAAGCCUGAUAGGAGGAAUGAGGAUUAUAGUUCACCCAGCUCUUUGAACCCCCCAUCUAAUACAAAUAACACUGAGGACGACUUUGAUGACUUCGAUCCUCGCGGAUCAAAUGGCAAAGCAACUGCUAAACUAAAUGAGGUGGAUCUGUUUGGCCCAAACUUGAUGGAUGAUUUUAUUGAUACAUCUGCAGCAACUCCAGCAACAGAGAGUGCUGUAGAGCCACAGGUCGAUCUGUUUGCUGAUGCAGAUUUCCAAUCGGCAACAGAGACAGCUGCAAAUACAGAUGUCCAGGGCAAUGUUGACCUUUUUGUGGAAAAGACAUCUUUUCCUGCAGCAUUUCCACCACAGGCUGGGUUUAUUCCACCACCUAGUGCCGGGACAUCUUCUGAAGUAAAUACUUCUGUAUCCAAGAAGGCGGCUCCUGAGCCUUUUGAUCCUUUUGGUGCUAUUCCUUUGAACAGUUUUGAUGGAUCUGACCCAUUUGGUGGCUUCAGCUCAAAUGCUGGAUCAUCUACCGCAGCACCACCCACACACAGUUCUACUGGAAAUAUCAGCACAUCAAACCAGAACCUUCAAGCUGCAUCCGACUUUGGUGCCUUUGUAUCAAGCAAUGAGGGAGCAGCUAAAGACCCAUUCGAUCUUUCUUCAAGUGCCAAUGUCGGGAAAACACCUUUGGCAGCUCCCAAGAUUGACGCAUCUGAUUUUGGUGCAUUUGUAUCUAGCACUGAGGAAGCAGCCAAGGACCCUUUCGAUCUUUCUUCGGGUAGCAACCUUGGAAGGACAGACCAAGCACCUGCGGCAGCUUCCAAGCCUAACACAGCUUCCAAGCCUAACACGAAGAAAGAAAAUUUUCAGGUCAAGUCUGGCAUAUGGGCAGACUCUUUGAGCCGAGGAUUGAUUGAUCUGAACAUAACUGCACCGAAGAAGGUGAACCUAGCUGAUAUUGGCAUCGUCGGUGGCCUUGGUGAUGGGUCCGAUGAGAAGGCCAUGCCCUCUUGGACCAUGGGCACCGGAUCUGGCCUAGGAAUGUCUGGUAUUCCACCAACACAAGCUGGUGGCAUCGAGAGCUUAGCCAACUACAACAAGCAUCAAUUUGGCUUCAAAUAA